AUUUUCUCAACCACCCAAGUCAUUCGUUUUUUUUUUCUUAUGGCCUGGCGCCCAUUCGUCACCAUAUAUAUAAUAUUUCUUUGUGCAGGCUUUUCUUUGUAGGAUUAGUGCAAUGGGAGACUUAGAUCACACCUCAAAUGAUACUGAUCAAGAUACACAAGAUGUAAAAGGUGAUCAAGAUUAUUCUAGGCCAGAUUUCUCAGAGGACGAGGAGAAUCUCAUAGCUAGAAUGUUUAGCUUGGUUGGAGAGAGGUGGUCACUAAUUGCUGGAAGAAUACCAGGAAGAACAGCAGAAGAGAUAGAGAAAUACUGGGCUACAAAAGACAGCUCAUCCAAUGAAGGAUAAACAGCAUUAGAUCCAUCUGAUGAGAGACAUAUCCUUGUAAUGGUAAUGGGUUUCUUCUUGUAUAUAUAGGACAAGUUAAGUACUGUUUUCUUCUUACAGGACAGCUUCGUCCACUACUGUACAUGUAUUUCGGUUUCUUGUACCAAAAAGAUAAUGUUAUGGAACUCGUUAACAUUUUGUGCUGUCUGAAAA